UUGUCAAUACCAACAGCUGAAGUGGCAUACAUGCCUUAGCCCGAGCAGUGACAGCCAGCAGUCAAGCAUGAAUGUGAACCAGGGGACGGUGGGCAGCGACCCGGUCAUCCUGGCCACGGCGGGGUACGACCACACUGUCCGCUUCUGGCAGGCCCACAGCGGGAUCUGCACCAGGACAGUCCAGCACCAGGACUCUCAAGUGAAUUCACUUGAGGUGACACCUGACAGGAGUAUGAUUGCAGCUGCAGGCUAUCAGCACAUCCGCAUGUACGAUCUGAACUCCAACAACCCCAACCCAGUGAUCAACUAUGACGGCGUUAGCAAGAACAUCACAUCUGUGGGCUUCCAUGAAGAUGGACGUUGGAUGUACACAGGAGGAGAGGAUUGCAUGGCUCGCAUCUGGGAUCUCAGGUCAAGAAAUCUACAGUGUCAGAGGAUCUUCCAGGUCAACGCUCCAAUUAACUGUGUGUGCCUGCAUCCCAACCAAGCAGAACUGAUAGUCGGAGACCAGAGUGGCGUGAUUCAUGUCUGGGAUCUGAAGACCGACCACAAUGAACAGCUGAUUCCUGAGCCGGAAGUCUCCAUCAACUCAGUUCAUAUUGACCCUGAUGCCAGUUACAUGGCAGCAGUCAACAGCUCGGGAAACUGCUACGUGUGGAACCUUGCUGCAGGCAUUGGGGAUGAAGUGACUCAGCUCAUUCCUAAAACCAAGAUCCCCGCACACAAACGCUACUCCCUCCGCUGCAAGUUUAGCCCUGAUUCCACUCUGUUGGCCACCUGCUCAGCAGAUCAGACCUGUAAGAUCUGGAGGACGUCCAAUUUCUCCCUGAUGACGGAGCUGAGCAUCAAGAGCAACAAUCCUGGGGAGACGUCUAGAGGCUGGAUGUGGGACUGUGCCUUCUCUGGAGACUCCCAGUAUAUUGUCACAGCCUCUUCAGACAACCUGGCUCGUCUGUGGUGUGUGGAGACCGGGGAGAUCAAGAGGGAGUACAGCGGCCACCAGAAGGCUGUGGUGUGUCUGGCCUUCAAUGACAGUGUGCUGGGCUGAAGAGGAGGAAAGAGCAGAAGAGAUGGGAGGUAACAGUCUGCGCAGAGUUGGGAUAAGGACAGAAAAGCAAUGGACUCAAUUCCCAGAUGGCACACAUCUGUGUGCAUCAAUGGGAAUAGUUUAACAGUUUCCUAGAAACUAUCAUCUUGAGAAAGUUGAGGCAUUUGCUUGAACAGUACGGUGAAUCUCUGUUGUGUACCAAGAUGCCAGGCAUGUGGCUGUUUCCCGCCACAUGCCUGUAAGUACUCGGCUUAACUUCAUGGCCAAAAUGUUAAGCAAAAAUCUACUUUGUUACACCAAUUUAAGGCAGUCAUACAGGAAAAAAUCCAUCCACAAUGAAGCAGAGGUAUAGAUUUCUGUACAACCAACAUAGAAAUAGGCUUUAAAUAAGUGGUAGUAUUUAUAAGUGACUCUUAGGUGUUGAACUUCUUCACUCUGUGCACAAGAAGAGAUACAUUUCAAGCUAAAAGUAAAUCAUAUUUACUGUAUGAAAUGGACCAUUUUAUUCACAUAAGCCUGAUAAAGGUAUUUGCCAAUGAACCGACUGAUAUCUGGUGUGUGAUAUGUAUAAUUCAUUUAAUAUUUUAUAUUCAAAGUGAAGUUGUAAGGUGUGUUCUACUUAAACAAUGUACAGAAAAUGAUUCCACAGUAAAGACGUGA